ACGAGUUAAAAAACAGUAGUAGUAGAAUGAAGGGUUGAGGGCUCGGGAGUUGGGAGGGUUUAGGGAAACCUAUGUUAAAGUGUUCCCUAGUUUUCUUCCUCCAUUGAAAUCAUCUGUUCAACAAUGGCGAAAGGCGACGACAUAAAGUUGAGGAAGAAGAAUAAAUCCCUUCGAAAGAAACUUGCUAAGGAUCCUUCCUCUACUUCUGCUCGUGUUGCUUCUAUUAUUGCUGCCAAGAAGCGUCGCCAAUCCGGCAAGCGCCGCAAAUGCCAGGGUAUGUGCUUUAGUCUUCCCACACAAGAGGAUCCUUUUAAUGAGACACAUGGAAAACAAGAUAUUAGCACAAGCAAAAGAAAAAGCAUUCCGCCUCAAUUAAAGAUUAAGAAAAUCUCCAAAGAUGAUCAAGUAUACAUAGAUGGUGAAAAGAAAAAAAGAUUGAAGCAAUCAGAGUUGAAGAAUCAACAAGAGAUGUCUGUUGUUGGAAAAAAUUUAGGAAAAGGAGGUUUACAAUCUCUUGGAAUGGGUGUUCCUUUAAGUGAUUGCCCAUCUAAGUUUAUUUGCUCAUGCUUAAACACUGUACAAAAUCUUUUAGUUGAUGAUGGUUUGCUUGAUGGAGAUCAAGACAAAUUCUUAUUUUUUGACCCAUGGGGAGUUGAAUUCUGGAAGUCUUACUUUUUAGGGAAUGAUAUAUUGGAGAGCAGUAAUAAUGGUCCAUCUGUACAGCAAAUAGCAUGGAUAGCCUCUACAGCAGCAGACAGCAUUUCACAGAAGGAGAAUGAUGGCUUUUGCUUUACCGGUCCAUUCAUGUUAUAUCUUGUACCAUCAUCAGAAAGAGCGAGUAAGGUGCGUUCUGUGUGCAGGCCUUUAAAAGCCUUCGGCGUACACACUGUGAGUUUACAUCCUGGUACUUCAGUCGAGCAUCAAGUUCAAGGCUUAAAGAGUUGUGAACCUGAAUUUGUUAUUGCGACACCUGAACGGCUGAAGGAGCUUGUUUUGCUGAAGGCAGUUGAUAUCUCUGGGGUUUCUUUACUGGUUUUGGAUGGAAUGGAUAAUCUUUGUAAUUGCCUUGAUGCGGUUAAAUUCAUCAAAAGUUCAAUAAAUGGGGAUCCCUGCACAAUAGUUUUCCAGGGUUCCUCCAAUGAUUCCAAUGUUGAAGCAAUUCAAAGUAUUCUCCGGAAACCCUUCGACACUUUGUGCCUCGAUCAAACUAAAAGUUAAGACAUCUGAACUCUGAAGUGCUCUUCAAAUUUUGUAUUCUAAGAGGAACAAAAUCGUUAAAGGCAUAGAUUUAAUGAAUUUAUCUUGGAUUGGAGAUGAUGAAAUCAAAUACAACGCCUCUGAAAAUCGAGGAGGAGACGAGUUUGUGCAGCAUAUCUUUGUAAGUUGUACAACAAAGUAGCGUUGAAGCUCCGAUUUUUAUUAGACUCUGUUGGAUCAUUGUUUGCACUUCUUUUUUGGAAACAAAAGAGCUAUUCUUGUGAGAGAUCAUUUUUCGAUGAGAUAACCCAAACAAGAAGCUCAUAUUCUCAUAAUAUGUACUAGAUGAGUUAUAUAACUUAUGUAUUAGGCGGGUCUCUCAAUGUUACCGUCUUAUACAACAAUUUGUAUACACAAAAAACUUGCUUGGCUUCUUGCUAGUUGUGUUCUUAAUAAGCGAUCAAUUUGGGAUCCACCCUAUAAAUCAUAUUCCCAUUUAUAUGAAAAAGUGCCCCAAACAUUAAGGACGAUCCCCAAAUUGAUGGGCUGUAUAAUCCGACCAUUCAAACAUUACAUACAAUAACUUUUUAAUCAAAUCUUUUUGGUAAUUUCUUUUAUUA